AUGCACAUACUUGUUGUAAAUGAUGACGGCCCUCCGUCGAAUCAAUCAUCGCCAUACGUUCAUUCUUUAGUGGCCGCUCUUCAAGAUGCUGGGCACUUGGUAUCAGUGGUCUUGCCUCACGUCCAGAGGUCUUGGAUAGGGAAAGCACACAUGGUUGGUCACACUUUGACUCCGACUUACUAUCGCCCCGGCUCCCUCUUGAAGGACGACGGGAUCACCUCGGAUCGGCCGUUUAACGAUGACGGAGAAGAAUGGAUUUUGAUAGACGGCACACCGGCAAGCUGUGUGCAGAUCGGUCUCCAUCAUGUCUUCAAGGACAGGGGUCCAAUCGACCUCGUAGUCAGCGGCCCGAACUAUGGUCGCAAUACCACCGCAGUCUUUGCUCUGUCCAGCGGGACCAUUGGCGGCGCUAUGGAAGGCGCAAUGAGCGGCGUGAAAAGCAUUGCCUUAUCCUAUGCUUUCGAUUCUAGAGAACACGAUCUCGAAAUCGUCUCUGCCGCUUCGAGGUUGAGCACUCGACUGAUGGAAAAGUUGACCAAAGAGUGGCCGGACGACGUGCAUUUAUACAGCAUCAACGUUCCUCUCCGAAAAGGGGUCGAGAAUACCAAAAUUCUCUAUGCUGAAAUGAUACAAAACCGAUGGUUCAGCGGCAGCUCGUUUACCGAAUUGCCCGAGGAGGUAGACAACGAGAACCCAAACGUGGAGGAGCAGAUAAUCCGCGAGACUGGUGAAGCUAACGGCAACAACGGGAACAACAACAACCGCGUCACAAGGAGAGCUCAUCGCAGGUUCAAGUGGUCUCCGAAUUUUGCAGACGUCCGCAAGGCGGUAGUCGAUGCUGGCAAGGGCGAUGGCUGGGAGGUCCUGCAAGGAAACAUCACGGUUACCCCAUUGAUCGCCAAUUUCUGGCACUUACCUCACUACACCGGUGAAAUCAAGCUCUCAAUAGCCUGCAAUAUAGACCCGAAUUUUCCGCCCAUAUAUGCACUGAUUGAUUAUCCGGAUGAAUAUGUGCAGCCUCUCAUUCUAUCCGGCCUCGGACAGUUAGCUCCAGCGCCUGUUCGGCUCAUUUCGAACCUGGGUGACUUGCCAGAUCCUUCAAACCGUGUUUUGCAAUUUACUGCGUACGAGAGAAUUGACUUCGAGCAUGCCAUGCAGCACUUGCAGACCUCUCUUGUUUGCUCCUAUGUCAUCCGAAAAGCGCUUAUUCGCAAGCACUAUCUGUCGAAUACCGUGUCUACCUGGUUAGUCAAACACCCGAGCAGCGUUCUGGCGAAGCAUUUCAAGCCAUGUGUGCAUUUCGAACUUGACUACGCAGAAUUUCUAGAUGAGGCACUGGUGGAUGCAUGGGACCUGACCGAGAGCUUGGCGGAAAACGAGCAGCAAGAGUCCGUCGAACAAAAGAAAUGGUGGAUCUUGAAGCCAGGAAUGAGUGAUGGUGGCAACGGCAUCCGACUAUUUUCAACUAGCGGUGAACUUCAGACCAUCUUCGAGGAGUGGGAAAAGGAUGCACCCGAUGUCGAUGCCGAAAGCUCAAGUGGGGAGGACGAGUUUCAUCAUGUUCAUACGAGCAAACAGGGCGAAUCUCCUGAGGGUAACGCAAUGACAUCUCAACUCAGGCAUUUCAUCGCCCAACCCUACAUCGACCCUCCUCUACUACUGGAAUCCUACGGCUACCGCAAGUUCCACAUCCGGGCUUACGUGUUGGCGGUUGGAGCUCUGAAGGUGUACGUAUACAAGGAGAUGCUAGCGCUUUUUGCGGCAAAGGCGUAUCAGCCUCCCGCUUCUAUCACAGGCCCUAAUAUGCUUGACCUGGCACAACAUCUGACAAAUACCUGCUUUCAAGAUGAGGCGACCAAAAUCACCUCUGUGCACCGGUUCUGGGAUCUGGAAUCAACCGGAAUGCACGCAAACUGGAAGGACGACGUAUUCCAACAGAUCUGCGACAUAACUGGCGAAGUGUUUGAGGCUGCAGCUCGUGAACAAAUGGUCCACUUCCAAACAGUGCCGAAUGCUUUUGAAAUCUUCGGCGUGGAUUUCCUAAUCGACCACGACUGUAAUGUGUGGCUACUGGAACUGAAUGCCUAUCCGGACUUCAAGCAGACAGGACAGGAUCUCCAGGACACCGUUGUCGGUGGACUUUUCCAAGCAGUCACCAAGACUGCAAUUGCACCAUUCUUUGGUAUCGCCGGACCUGGAACGGUACAGAUGCCGCUAAUAAGAUCGAUCAAUCUAGGCCGGUGCUGA